UGAGUUGUACGACUGGUCUUCCAAUAUGGCGGCUCCCACAUAAAUCGGCCAACGGGGCGCCGCCAUACUCUCUCGUAGUGUCUUUGUCUAAACACCGAAAGACGAACGGAAUCUUCCACUGUGCAAGGAUGCCUCCGGGGUGGUGGUUUGGCAGCCUGUAGACUCGGAUGCCACAGACGUUAAACUUGGCUUUGUGAGGUGGAACAGUAGCGUUUGUGAGUCUGAAGCCGAAGUGAUGGACCGUGGCUCUUUCCACCCACCCAACUGGUGCGCGAAGGCUCUCUUAAGGGGUCUCAGUUUCGCCUUCUGGGAGCGGAGUAAGGUUGAGCGAGGUUUGUGGAGAUUUGGAGGUUUUCCAGGUAAGCAGUUAGAACACCUGCAGGGGUCACUGUCAUUCAAGGAUGUGGCUGUGGUUUUCACAUGGGAGGAGUGGCAGCUACUGGACCCCAUUCAGAAGAACCUGUAUCAAGAUGUGAUGUUGGAAAAUUAUAGCAACCUAGUAUCAGUGGGGUACCAAGUUACCACAGCAGAUGCAUUCUACCAGUUGGAAAAUGGAACACCAUGGAUAACAGAGGAAGAAAUCCAGAGUCAGAUUCAUCCAGAAGACACCUGGGAAGUUGAUUGUCAUACAGAUGGGCACAAAGAAAAUCAGGGCAACCUUGAAACUAUGGAGAGUCACCACGAAAAUAAUGCAUUUAGAAAAAUAUUGUCUCUAAGCCUAAACUUUGAUGUCCCUUUAGCACAAAGAUCCCAUACAUUUGACAUACUUGGGAAACAUUUGAAACCUAGUUUAGAGUACAUUAAUCAGAAUAAAAGCCAUGCAAGAAAGAAACUUGGAUUUAAUGGCUAUGACGAAGUCUUUCUUUAUACUAAGCAUGAGAAAAUUCAUACUGGAGAAAAAUACAAUGAAUAUAAUGUACAUUUAAAGGCUUUCAGCCAUAAGUCACAGCUUAUUAAACAUUGGAAAACUCAAACAGGGGAGAAACAGUAUAAUUGCCGUGACUGCAGGAGAGCCUUUUCCCAGAAGUCAGACCUCAUUAAGCAUCAGCGAACACACACUGGAGAGAAACCCUAUGGUUGCAGUAGAUGUGAGAAAGCCUUCAGCCGGAAAUCCCAUCUCAUUUUACACCAGAGAACCCAUACAGGAGAGAAAACUUAUGGAUGCAAUAGAUGUGGGAAAGCUUUUACUGAUAAGUCUUGCCUUAAUAAACAUCAGAGAACUCACACAGGAGAGAAACGGUUUGAAUGUCGUGUAUGUCAGAAAAGCUUCAGCGAUAAGUCACAACUCACUUCACAUCAAAGAACUCAUACAGGAGAGAAGCCCUACAGAUGUGGUGAGUGUGAGAAAAGCUUCAGCAACAAGUCACAGCUCAUUAUUCAUCAGAGGUCUCACACAGGAGAGAAACCCUAUGGCUGUGAUGAAUGUGGGAAAACAUUCCCCCUUAAGUUCAGCCUCAUUUUACAUCAAAAAACUCAUACAGGGGAAAAACCUUAUGGAUGCAGUGAAUGUGGAAAAGCCUUCAUCCAGAGAUCUGAGCUCAUUAGACAUCAGAGAACUCACACAGGAGAGAAACCUUAUCACUGCAGCGAAUGUGGAAAAGGCUUUAGUGUAAAGUCACUCCUCAAUACUCACUGGAGAACUCAUACAGGAGAGAAACCCUAUGGGUGCACUGAAUGUGGAAAAACGUUCUCCAUCAAGUUUAGUCUCAUUCUCCACCAAAGAACACAUACGGGUGAGAAGCCUUAUGAAUGCAGUCAGUGCCAGAAAGCUUUCACCCAAAAGUCACACCUCACUAUUCAUCAGAGGUCUCACACCGGAGAAAAACCUUAUGAAUGCGAUGAAUGCCACAAAGCCUUCAGCCGGAAGUCCUAUCUCCUUAUUCAUCAGAGAAUUCACUCGGGAGAGAAACCUUAUGAAUGUCUCCAGUGUGGGAAAACUUUCUCUCACAAGUUUAGCCUUAUUAUUCAUCAGAGAAUCCAUACAGGAGAGAAACCCUAUGGAUGCAGUGAAUGUGGGAAAACUUUUCCUAUCAAGUUUAGCCUCGUUUUACAUCAGAAGACACAUACAGGAGAGAAACCCCAUGAAUGCAGUGAAUGUCAGAAAUCUUUUGCCCAGAAGUCACAUCUUAUUAUACAUCAAAGAACUCACACAGGAGAGAAACCUUAUGGAUGCAGUGAGUGUUGGAAAACAUUCUCCCACAAAUUCAGCCUCAUUUUACACCAGAAAACUCAUAGAGGAGAGAAAUCAUGAAUGAAGUGAAUAUCCAGAAGUUGUCAUUGAAAGCGAAUAGCUGAUUACACCAGAGUUUACAUAGAGAGUGAAACCUUAAGACUACAGAUGUGGACACACUCCCCCCCCCCCAGACUCACGCCUCAUGCUUAUAAGAGAAUGGUACUAGGCAGAAUGCCAGACAGGAGGAAUUACCUUCCUUCACACAUGUCAAUUGAAUGUAGCCAGAAGGAACAAAUAGGCGGGAACAUCUGUGUGUGUGUGUGUGUGUAUUGAUUGUGAGGAGGUUGUUGGCAUGCAGUGGUAUCAGAGAAUUGACACUGAGGAAAAAAUUCUAUACUUCAAUGAACCUGGGGUAUCCUCUUUUAUGGUUAUCAUGUGGGAUGUCAUUUCCUGUAAUUGUGACAUAAUCAGCAUUAUGGAAAAUUUUAAGUAUGUAAAUAUAAUUGUGACAUAAUCAGCGUUAUGGAAAAUUUUAAGUAUGUAAAUAAAUACACUUGUCAGAAAACAGCAAAUAUAUCAGAACUAUGUGAGAAUAUGUGUUUUACAUCUAUUUUUAAUAUUAAAAUGAUUGUUCAUAA